CAUGUCCAAGAAAUUAUACUCCGUGGAAUUGUGGAAGACUAGAAGAGAAGCCCGACUCCAGAACACCUGCAAACCCGAAUAGGUGACACGGCAAACCCGAAUUCCUGAUACUCAAUUGGCAACUGGGUCUGCAAGAGUGCAAGCGACAGAGGGAGCCAGAGAGGGACGCCGCCGCCCACCUAGCGUCCACCGUGCCGCGCCUCCAUCUGCCUCCACUCCUUCAGGCCUCUGCCCGCAGCCUCGCAAGGCUCGCUCAAUCGCUCACCUCGCUGAAGACCUGAAGUGCUGGCCGCUGAGCUGCUGCCUCGCUCCUGUUGACUGUGGUUACUAGUUACUACUGUCUACUGAAGCGAUGAACCAGUUAACCAGGUAUCCCUCCUGCUGUUUUAUUUGUGAGAGGGAGACGAGGUGACUGUUCUUAGGAUGAUUCUAAAAGAGGGGUGCACGUUACUGUUGAAAGUACCUAAACCUUCUAAACCAUUGAUCCAUUUCGCGCAAAACCCGAACAUGAGUUUCAAUUAUCGAAAUGAUAAUACUAAUAAUGAUAACCCAAUAGCUUUUGAAGAAUCUGAUGUUCUGAAGAGACUAAGGAAAGAGCAAAAUGUUGUUCUGGCUUUUGAGUUUUUCAAAUAUGUUUCCAAUUCCAAGUCUUUCAAGCACACCCCACUAACAUACCAAGUGAUGAUUCAGAAACUGGGCAGCCAAGGAGAGAUGGAUGAAGUUCACUACCUUUUGCAGCAAAUGUACUUAGAUGGGAUCCAUUGUUCUGAAAACACAUUUGUAGGUGUCAUCAAUUUCUAUAAGAAAUCUGGUUCUGCCCCACAAUCUCUAAAAAUGUUUUACAGAAUGCAAGACUUUGGCUGCAAACCCACAGUGAAGGUUUACAAUCAUCUCUUAGAUGCAUUGCUAAGUGAGAAUAGGUUUAGCAUGAUCACUCCUAUAUAUAGUAACAUGAAGAAAGACGGUAUUACCCCCAAUGUGUUUACAUACAAUAUUCUUUUAAAAGCCCUUUGUAAGAAUAAUAGGGUGGAUGCUGCUUACAAGCUGCUCGAUGAAAUGUCUAAGAAGGGUUGUUCUCCUGAUGAGGUGAGCUAUACAACAAUUGUGUCUUCAUUGUGUAAUCUAGGUCGGGUGAAAGAAGCAAGAGACCUCGCUGAGGCGGUUGAUGCCAGUGUUCCUGUUUGGAAUGCACUUGUGAAUGGACUUUGCAAAGAGUGGGAUGUGGAGGAGGCAAUCAAAUUGUUGGAUGAGAUGAUGGAGAAGGGUGCCGCUCCCAAUGCCAUUACAUACACAACAAUAUUAAAUGCUUCAUCUGAGUUAGGUAAUGCCCCGCUCUCUCUUUCCAUCUUAGCAAAAAUGUUUGUGAGAGGAUGCUCUCCAAAUGUUUAUACUUUUACCAACUUGAUAAAAGGAAUGUGUGUUGCUGGAAGGUGCGAUGAAGCGCUUGAUGUGUGGGAUGCUAUGAUUAAGGAGAUGGUUUUUCCUAAUGUUAUUGCAUACAAUACGUUAAUACGUGGUCUUUGUUUGUUUGGGAAUAUGAAAACAUCUGUAUCCAUCUUUAUCCAAAUGGAAAGAGUUGGAGGAGGGUGUUCUCCAAAUUUGACAACUUUUAGCACUCUCAUAGACGGGUUUACAAAAUCCGGAGAUCUGCGUGGUGCAUAUGAGAUAUGGAACAAGAUGAUAUUGCUUGGUUUCCGUCCAAAUGUUGUUGUAUAUACAUGUAUAGUGAAUGCACUAUGUAAAAACUUCAUGUUUGAACAUGCAUAUGAGAUCAUUGAAAACAUGGUGGCUGAAAACUGCCCCCCAAAUACCACCACGUUUAACACAUUUUUGAAAGGUCUGUGUGGGAGUGGUAAAAUUGAUAUGGCUAUUGCGAUGUUCAAUCAAAUGGAGAGUUUUGGGUGUUCGCGUGAUGCAACCACAUAUAAAGAGCUAUUGAAUGGGUUGUUAAGAUCUAACAACAUUUCCCUCGCAUUGGAGCUUUUAGUGGAGAUGGAGGAAAAAGGGGUUGAACUUGAUCUGGUGGCAUACAAUACUAUUGCCUCUGGGAUGCUUGAAGAUGCUCCGAAAGUUAUUGCCAAGAUGCUUGUCAGGGGAAUCAAUCCUGAUGACUUCACAUUCAACAUACUAAUAAAUGCAUAUUGUAAGGGCGGAAAUGUCGAUCUUGCCAUUCAGCUUUUUGACGUAAUGAGGUUAGGAGGAUGGAAGCCGGAUUUAGUUUCAUACACCAGUCUUAUAAUUGGGGCCUGUGAGUUGAAUGAUUCUGAAACAGCUAUUGGGUGCGUUGGCAAAAUGAUAGAUGAAGGAAUUCUCCCAAACAUGUCCACGUGGAAUGUUGUAGUACGUUUUUUGGUUAGCCAGAUUGGUUAUGUUAAUGCAGUAGAAUAUAUGGAUACUAUUUUGGUGAGAGUUUCACCUUGAUAUGAAGGAACGUCAUUUAUGGAUAAACACGUGGUGUGACUGAAAUGUUGGAAGCAUGAAAUUUGAGAAUAUUUAACAGAGAAUACAGGUUGUUGGUUCUGACUUCAAAGGACAGAGAGUAUAAAGAUUAGAUAAUGAUUUGCUAAAGUAGUUCUAAUGAACGAAAGAUUUGAAAUUAAUGAGACUGGAAAUAAUGUUUUGCUUUUCCAGUGUUCUCGUUUGUCAAGCAGCGACGAUCAUGAACAUAGCAUGAAUAUAGCAAAGCUUCUACUAUGACUUGUGAGAAACAAAGAUGCUGAUGGAAUCUGAUAUGUUGUAUGGAAGACACACAUGCAUGCUUGAAAAUGGUCACCCGCCAGAGGAUGGAGUUGACGCCGUGCACCAUUGAUGUGAUGCCAUAAAAAUGGUGACAGGUGUGCGGUAUUGCACAUAUUUUUAGGUCUGUGACCAUUGACGUGAUGCCAUAUAAACCCACUAGUCGCAAUUGCCAACGACAAGAAACCGAAACCCACAUCGAGUAGUGCAACUACUCGUGCCACGCCAUUGCAACCGACCGAAACCGACUAGUGCAAACAGCGACCAUACUGAAACCCAAGCAACGGAAAGACCAACGUCGUGGAACGGAGAUCCACGACAAUAAACCGAACCCACAUCGAGUAGUGCAACUACUCGUGCCAUGCCAUUGCAACUGGUUAAUUGUGAUCCUAUUAGAAAGGGAGUAGAGUUCAGGUCUUCUUGUCUUUUACAAUUUGUCAUUUUCCCUUCGAACAUACUCCAUUUGUUCUGAAAUUAAGUUCUCGCACCGUCAAUUUACUAGAUCCAUUGGAUGGUUGGUGCAAGGCCAGAAAUCAAAACACAUUGGUUCCGCUUGUUCAGUUGUUCCAGUCUCCUCCAAAGUCCAAUCUCAGGACUAAUUGAAGAGAGUUGUCUCUACUCUCUAGUCACUAACAUUGGCAUCAAGUGUAUGAAUUGAUAAAUAGCACAUAAAUCUAACCAUAUUGAAACAUUGAGUUGUCGACGGGAAAAGCCGCAAUGUCAACAUAUACAUUAAUACAUACUCAUAUUAAACUAUUAAAACUGGAUUAGGUUUUUGUGUCAAGUACAGGGGCUUAAGUGAUGGUUUGAAAAUAGUACAAGGACUUAUU